GUUAUUGGGAUUAAAGUGUUACAUCGCCACAUAUUAACCGCUCCAGUAUGGCUCACAUCAAAGGAAAGUUUGACUUUGCCAUCGACCGUGGGGGAACCUUCACUGACGUGUUUGCCCGACUACCAGACGGCCGUGAGAGAGUCCUCAAGCUGCUGUCCCGGGACCCCCAGAACUAUAAAGACGCUCCCACUGAGGGAAUCCGCCGAAUUCUAGAGGAGGAAAUGGGGCGGGGUUUUCCACGAGACCAACCUAUUGACACGUCUCAGAUUGGCUGGAUCAGAAUGGGCACGACAGUGGCAACCAAUGCGCUGCUGGAGAGAAAAGGCGAAAGGACCGCCCUCCUGGUCACCAAAGGAUUUAAGGACCUGCUGCACAUCGGCACCCAGGCCCGGCCACAGUUAUUCGACUUGGAGGUGGUCAUACCCGAAGUCCUGUAUGAAGAGGUCAUUGAGGUCGAUGAGCGAGUCAUCCUCAGACAAAACACCUGCCAGCUGCCCACAAAUCAUAGCAGGCGUAUUGUCACAGGCAGUUCAGGGGAUUCUCUGGAGGUGUGGAAGGAGCUGAAUCUGGAUCGUGUGGAGGAAGACCUAAGAGGAGUUCUGUCCCGCGGCAUCACCAAUCUGGCCGUUCUUCUGCUUCACUCCUACACAUGGCCGGACCAUGAAAAGGCAGUGGGCUGCCUUGCACGUCGUCUGGGUUUCACGCACGUGUCUCUGUCCAGUGAGGUGAUGCCGAUGGUGCGGGCGGUGCCUCGGGGCUACACCGUCUGUGCCGACGCCUACCUGACCCCAAAAAUUUAUCAGUAUUUGGAAGGUUUCACCUCUGGCUUUAAGGAUGGUCUGAAGGAUGUGGACGUAUUGUUCAUGCAGUCAGAUGGUGGUCUGACUCCCAUGGCGCAGUUCUGCGGUUCACGGGCCAUUCUUUCCGGCCCAGCAGGGGGCGUGGUGGGAUACGCUGUCACUUCAUACAGCCAGAUGGAGAGGAAACCCGUCAUUGGUUUUGACAUGGGCGGAACGUCCACCGACGUGAGCCGUUAUGCAGGCCAGUACGAGCACGUGUUCGAGGCAACCACCGCCGGCAUCACCCUGCAGGCGCCACAGCUGGACAUCAACACUGUGGCUGCAGGCGGAGGAUCGCGACUCUUCUUCAGAUCAGGGAUGUUUGUGGUUGGACCGGAAUCUGCAGGUGCUCAUCCAGGACCAGCCUGCUACAGAAAAGGUGGCCCUCUGACUGUGACGGAUGCUAACCUGAUCCUGGGUCGACUCCUCCCGUCAUUUUUCCCAAAGAUCUUUGGUCCUGAGGAGAAUGAACUGCUGUCCUUAGAAGAGACCACAAAACAUUUCCACCAUCUCACUCAAGAGAUCAACCUCUUCCUGUCUUCUAACCAGUCACAGGCACCAGCAUCAAAAACAGAGGUUGGUGCUGAUGGCACCAGUGACUCCCACAGCAGCGCAGUGCCAAACAGCCAAUCUGCGAUGAGUAUGGAAGAGGUUGCCAUGGGUUUCAUUCGUGUCGCUAACGAGGCCAUGUGUCGUCCAAUCAGAGCUCUGACUCAGGCCAAAGGUCACGAUACAUCGCAACACGUGCUGGCCUGUUUUGGUGGUGCGGGCGGUCAACACGCCUGCGCUAUAGCCAGAACGCUGGGGAUGAAGACGGUCUUCAUACAUAAGUACAGUGGCGUGCUCUCGGCGUACGGUCUGGCUCUGGCUGAUGUGGUGGAGGAGGUUCAGGAGCCGUGCUCGCUCCGCUACGAGCAGCAGUUUUUCAAUGAUCUCGAUGGCAGGAUGGAACAGCUGUUGCAGCGCUGCCGUGACACGCUGUGUGCACGAGGCUUCACCAGCGGACAGAUCACCACAGAGGUUUUCCUCCAUCUGCGUUACGAACGCACCGACUGCGCUUUCAUGGUUACAGCUAGCGGUUACCCCAGUAACGCCCAGUCCUGUCGAACUGGCGACUUCUGCACCGCCUUCACCAAACGUUACCUGAAGGAGUUUGGGUUCACCAUCACUGACCGGCCCAUCAUGGUUGAUGACAUCAGAGUGAGGGGUUGUGGGAAAUCUGGUAUUAAAUCGGUGUAUGAAAUGAAAACCAGAGCCGGACAAGCAAAACCUGUUUCGAUGACUAAGUGUUACUUUGAGGACAGUUACCUGGAUACCAGCGUGUAUCUGUGGGAGGAGCUUCCAUGUGGUCACAGCAUCGAGGGGCCGGCCAUCAUCAUUGACAAGAACAGCACCAUCUUGGUGGAGCCAUGCUGUGAGGCCCGUCUGACAGAAGGGGGCGAUGUGUGCAUGACUGUGGGCUCGGAUCCACACUGUGUCCUUGGCACCGAGCUCAACACUGUGCAGCUCUCCAUCUUCUCGCACCGUUUCAUGAGCAUAGCAGAACAGAUGGGUCGAGUUCUUCAGCGAACCGCCAUCUCCACCAACAUCAAAGAGCGGCUCGACUUCUCCUGUGCUGUGUUCGGACCAGACGGGGGUCUGGUGUCCAACGCGCCCCACAUCCCGGUCCACCUGGGGGCAAUGCAAGAGACCGUCCAGUACCAGAUGAGAUCGCUGGGGGCCAACCUGAAAGAAGGGGACGUGAUUCUGAGUAAUCACCCGAGUGCAGGAGGCAGCCACCUCCCAGACCUCACCGUCAUCACACCCGUAUUCAGGAAAGGUGUGAGCGGUCCAGUGUUCUUUGUAGCCAGCAGGGGGCACCACGCCGACAUUGGGGGUAUCACUCCAGGCUCCAUGCCGCCCCACUCCACCUCCCUUCAGCAGGAGGGCGCUGUGUUCAUCUCCUUUAAAUUGGUCACGGGUGGAGAGUUCCAGGAAGACGCUGUGACUGAAGCACUGAUGGCCCCAGCUCGUUACCCAGGCUGCUCUGGGACGCGUAACCUUCAUGACAACCUGUCGGACCUGCGGGCUCAGGUGGCAGCCAAUCAGAGAGGCAGCCAGCUGGUGGGGGAGUUGAUUGACAGCUACGGGCUGGCUGUGGUCCAGGCCUACAUGGGUUACAUCCAGCAUAAUGCAGAGCUGGCGGUGAGGGACAUGCUCAGAGACUUUGCACAGCGUCUGCAGCAGCAGACAGGCUCCCUGGAGGUGGAGUCAGAGGAUUUCAUGGAUGAUGGAACGCCAAUCAGGCUGCGGGUCCAUAUUAACGAGUAUGAGGGCAGUGCGGUGUUUGACUUCACAGGAACCGGAACAGAGGUGUGGGGGAACUGCAACGCUCCGCGAGCCAUCACCUUCUCCGCCCUCAUCUACUGCCUGCGCUGCAUGGUUGGACAGGAAAUCCCCCUCAACCAGGGCUGUCUUGCACCCAUCAAAGUCAUCAUCCCACCAAGCUCGAUCCUCCAGCCGUCCCCGGAUGCCGCUGUGGUCGGAGGAAAUGUGCUGACAUCCCAGAGGGUGGUCGACGUCAUAUUUAAAGCGUUCGAGGUGUGUGCUGCCUCACAGGGCUGCAUGAACAACAUUACAUUUGGCAGCGAGCGGGUCGGUUACUAUGAGACGGUUGCCGGGGGAGCUGGGGCGGGGCCAGGUUGGAAUGGGCGGAGUGGAGUUCAUAGUCACAUGACCAACACGCGCAUCACCGACCCAGAAAUUCUAGAGAAAAGGUAUCCGGUGAUCCUGCAACAGUUCUCCCUGCGGCCCGGCUCAGGGGGAGCUGGGGAAUACUGCGGCGGAGACGGCGUGAUCCGUAAACUUCUGUUUAGGAACAGCGUGGUUCUGUCGGUACUGACCGAGCGGCGCUCCACCCACCCGUACGGCCUCCACGGUGGGCAGUGUGGUGCAGCGGGUCUGAACCUGCUUUACAAAGCAGAUGGCCGGGUCCUCAACCUGGGAGCCAAAACCAGCGUGACCCUUGAACCCGGGGAUAUGUUUUGCCUUUACACUCCAGGAGGAGGAGGAUAUGGAUGUGAAGAAGAAUCGAGCCCAAAACCUCAGCACAAACACCGACACCGAAACCAGACUUUCCCCGAGAGAGGCAGCCUGUUCGAUUACCGACAGGCACAAGAGGGUGUGUAGAAGACGUGGAGGAGACAGAGAGGUGCUCAACACGGACAGAAAUGGAACUAAUGUCCAUGUGCACUGUAUAAAACCAGCCCAGUGUCAGAUACCAGAUGAUGUGAUAAAUUCUCAUUUCAACCUGUAGCUGUACACCUUUACCGUGACCUGUGACCUCUCCUAGAUACACUCUCUCUGUAUCAGGGUUUCCCCGUCCUGGUCCUCGGGACCCGUAGUAUUGCACAUUGUCCAGUUCUUCAUGUCUGACUGAGUAGAUUAGGGACAAAUGGAAACCAUGCAGUACUUUGGAUCCAGAGGACCAGGAUAAGGAAACACUGCUCGAUAUCAAAACACAUAGCCAGCAACAUGACAGCCCUGCAAAGGAUCAUGGGAGCAGUGCUGUCAAGUUAAAACUGCAGAACCUA